AUGAAAGGCAAGGGCCCUAGGAGCGAGCAGGCGGACCGGUUCGCGGGCGUGGUGAGAACUGUCCUGUGCCACCACGGCGGCGUAGGCGUCAACAGAUUAUUUUUCGCCCUCCCGCUCACAUGCUGUUGCCACGCCGCCGAGCUGGACCAAGUUAUGGAGUUCGUGGCAGCAGCCAGGACACGGCACCUUGGAUUUUCGCUCGCCAACAACCACUGCAGCGAGCACGCUGGGCCACCUUACGACUUCCCCCACUGGCGUUUCGCCGGCGGUCAUCUGCAAAGGCUACUCCUGUGCGAGGUUGGUCUCGCCAUGGCACCGCAGAGGAACCUCGAGGGCCUGGCACAACUGACAUAUCUUGACCUCACCUGCGUCGCAGUGGAUGACGGCGGUGUCGCGAACAUCCUCUCCACUUGUGGCGCGCUCAUCACCCUCUAUCUUCAGCAGUGCCAGCAGCUUGUCCGCGUGAACAUGUCGCACGCCCGUCUGCGUGUGCUGGACGUCCGUCAAUGUGGUAAUUUGAAGAGCAUAACUAUACAAUCAAGCACCCUGAUCCAGUUGGUGUACAAAGGUCACAAAGUCGACAUCAAGUACGGCCACACGCCAGCCAUCCUGAAGCUCAGGAUCUUGUUCUGCAUGGCGAACGAAUGCCCACUUGACUGCGUCGGCAGUGCAGGAGCCCUCCCCAACCUCAAGCAGCUUUUCUUGGAGUUUCCUUCGCCUCUGCAUGCCGCCACUUCUACCCAGCUCCAAGGUGUACAGCACAAUUGUUGGUUUGCGGGCCUGAACCAAAUCGUGCUGCUCCUCAAGACCCCAUGGAAAGAGCUUAUCAGCUCAGUGGCUUACCUCCUCAUCGCCACACCUUUGGUCAAGGAGCUGCGUGUCGAGACUUACAGCAACCUGCCAGCGUCACCACCGAACAGCCUGAUGAUCCAAUGGCCACAGCGCUGCUCGAUGAAGAAGCUCCAGAGCAUCAUCAUCGGUGGAUUCAGCGGGGAGCCGGAGCUGAUGGAACUAACAUUUUUCCUCCUGCAAAGGUCUCCGGCGCUCCGGACACUGGCCAUCGACACGCACAGGCGGCAUCUUCAACCUGGCUACAAGGCCUGGAACAGAGAGGCGUGCUUGAAGAGAGAGGAGGCGGAAGACCAUGUGAGGUGCUACUACGCAAGAGGUGUUGCGUGGACAGACUUGGUGCCGAAGAUCCAAUCAACUGUCAAGUUCACCAUCCUCUGA